AAUCCUCUCGGCAGCGACUGCGUGCCUGGAAAUCCCAAUCUCCCCAUCUCCCCGUUCCUGCGCCUAAAACCCUAGCUCCCUCCCCCCAUGGCGCCGAAGCGGAAGGCAGAUCCGGCCGAGUCCGCCGCCGAUCCUGCCGUCGCCAAGCACCUGAAGGAGCUCUCAUCCUCCGAGCUCAAGCCCCGCGGCACCAUCUACUUCCCCAUCAACGACGACACCCCGGAGCCCACCGCUGAGGCCGCCGCCGAGGAGGAGGACGGCGCCGACGGGGAUGACGAGGAGGACAUCACCAAGCUGCUCGAGCCGCUGUCGAGGGAGCAGCUCGUGGCGCUGCUCCGCGUGGCCGCCGAGACGAGCCCCGCGACCAUGGCGGCCGUGCGGCGCGCGGCGGAGACGGACCCCGCGAGUAGGAAGCUCUUCGUGCACGGCCUCGGCUGGGGCGCCGGCGCCGAGGACCUCCGCUCCGCGUUCUCCCGCUUCGGCGACCUAGAGGACUGCCGCGUCAUAUCAGAUAAGCAAUCUGGUAAAUCCAAGGGCUACGGCUUCGUCCUAUUCCGUUCCCGCACCGCAGCACUUCGCGCCCUCCGCCGCCCCCAGCUCCAGAUCGGCGGCCGUAUUGCCUUUUGCCACCUCGCUGCCUCUGGUCCUGCGCCCCCAUCCUCCCAGUCCCAGUCCCAGAACCCUAGCUCCAACAACAACGCCAACUCCAACCCCGGUGCUACCAAUACCGCUCCUGCUACAUCGUCCUCGCAACCCGACAACAUGCCGCGCAAAAUCUUUGUUGGUAACGUGCACGCUGAUGUUGAUGUUGACCGCCUCUACGAGUACUUUUCGCAGUUUGGUGAGAUUGAGGAGGGGCCAUUAGGUUUUGACAAGAGCACUGGUAAACCUAAGGGGUUUGCGCUGUUUGUUUACAAGUCUGUGGAGAGUGCCCGGCGUGCCCUGGAGGAGCCCAUGAGGAAUUUUGAUGGCAAGAUGCUCAAUAUUCAGAAGGCUAUAGAUGGGAGGACGAAGGGCACACCUGGGAUGAACACCAGUGCUGCUAACCCUAAUGCCACCACGGCUUCUGCACAGAUGGCCGUACCUUCUAUUGCUGCCAUUACUCCAUAUGAUACAUCAGCAUAUGGUGCUACUGCUGUUCAUGACAUGGGGUUCGCUCAGCAAGCUGCCAUGAUGGGAAUGGGUGCGCAGCAACAGGCGUUUGCGCAGCCAAAUACUGCAAUGCUCGCCAUGAUGGCAGCAGCGAUCCAGAACCCAGCUAUGCUCGCAUCACUAAAUCCAGCUUUUGCUGCUGCCGCGUUGGGCGCUGGGGGCCAACACACAGCUGGCAUUCCUGGUUUUGGAGCUCAAGGUUUUGGGACACAGGGGUUUGCAGCUGGUGGUGUCAAUUUUCCAAAUGCAGCAGGUAUUCAGGGAGCUGCAGCAUAUCAAGGAGCUCCUGGUUUUCAGGGGGCACCUGGGUUCCAGACUUCUGCUGGGUUUCAGGUUGGCCAAGCAGCUUCCCAGACAGGUACUACUGCAGCAGCCGCUGCUGGUGCUGGUUAUCAGGCUGGAGCUGCUGGGCAGGGUCAAGUGCCAAGUUCCCAGAUUGGUGGUACUGGUUUCCAGGGUGGCUAUUGACAGCUCUAGGCUGUCCUGCGUGCAUCCCUGGAGCGAGUACGCGGGUAUUUGUCACGAAACAGGUGGGUGUACAUCCAUAUCGUGUUUCUCAUCUAUUGGGCCGUGUCCUCGCCUUUUUCGGUGCUCAGUGCUCACCUACUCGAGCCGCUGGUAUUCAAAGUUUCUCCGCCCAUCAUAAUUUUUUUCUUCUCUCUCUACUUGCUACGUGCAGCAGCGUGUAGCAGAAGGCCGAGGAGAGGACACGUCACGUGCAAGCAGCCGAUGACGUGGUCCCAGCCAGCCAUGAGGCACUCGGGUAUCAGGACUUGACUUCUGGGGUCCGCCGCCCUCUUCGGGUGACGACGACCGGAACGCGUGCGGUGGGGAUGUGACGUGGGUUCCCUGCCCGACGCCAGCCGUUUGAUCAUCCUUCAGUUUCUCUCGACUCACGGCCCAGACCCCGAGAAAGCACAAAAUCUCCCUUCGAUCCCCGGAAAUAGCCGAGAAUUUACCUAUCUGCCCUCCACCCGUCGCUGCCCACGCCAGUCCUGCGCCCACCACCUGCCCUGCCCGUGUCGCAGCCUCCUCUUGCCCGUUCUGCCCCCGCUCCCUAUCCCUCACUUGCUCUCUGCUCUCCUCUUGCCUCUCCAAUGGAGUCGUCGGCAUAGUUGUCUGUCCGCUGAGCCCUCAAAUCUUCCUGAAACCCACAGAUCUGCGUCUCCUAGUUUCGGCUUCCUCAGGACAAG